AUGUGCACUACAUGUAAACCCAAGCCCUGCAGACCGGUACAGAAAGAUCGCGUCAGAGACGAAGACCUGUACCUGGAUUCGGAGCAGAAAGAGUCGUCCUCGCUUGUCCAGGAAAUUAAAUUACUUCGCACCGAGCUGACCGGCUUCAGACAGGACAUGAGUCGAAUAUCGUUACUAGUCAACGAGUUCAGUUCGAGACUCGAUAGUAUCGAGACGCGACUUUCUCAGCUAGAGUUGAAUUGCGCAGCAGUACAGGUAGAUGAUUAUAGUGUGCAAAAUCAAGAGCUUACUUGUACUUUAAAUGAAUUAAAAAAGAAUUUGAAUGAUUCCGAGCAGGAAAAGUUAUUGAAUGACGUGGAGAUUACAGGAAUACCUGAGACCGGCAAUGAAAAUUUGUCGCACAUAGCAAUUACCCUGGCUCAAAAGGUCGGCCUGGUCAUUAACGAUCGCGAUAUUGUUCAUACGGCGCGGCGCGGUCCAAAGCGUCCGGUAGAAGAGGGGGGGACUGCACGGUCUCGUCCGCUUGUGGUCUGCCUGACUCGACGACACUUACGUGACGAAUUGCUUCAUGCUGCGCGGGUUAGGAGGGGAGCUGACACUAGCGGGACUGCAAUAGGUGACCAUGCGCGACGUUUCUAUAUCAACGAACAUCUAACGUUCGAAAACCGGAAACUAUUCCAUCUUGCUCGUGAGCAGCUUGGCCGUAAUAAAAACUGGCGUUUCGUCUGGACUAAAGGCGGACGAAUUUUUGCUAGAAGAAAUAGUACUUCCAAAUCCUACCAAAUCCGUUCGGAACAGGACUUAAAAAAGGAUUUUGUCUGA